GCUUGCCAACCUUCUAUGGUUGCCGAGCUUCUAGUGACGUCAUAUGAGCAUCCAAUAAGCGUUAGGAUGCACUAAUUUCGAGCUUCUGAUAGAGGCGCUUUGUAAACAAAUGCAGCAUUGGUAUUGUCGAAAAGUAAACAUUACUAUAGCGGGUUUGAUUAAAUAUACUUUACUAUAAAAGUUUUAUUUUCCAUAUAGGUUAAAGUAUCUAUCUGACAAAAAAAUGUGAUUUUUUAAAUUAUAAUUUAUUUUAAAUUGCAAAAUUAUAAUUUUUAAACCAAAUUUAAUAGUUAUUUUAGUAUUUCAUAAUGAAUCUUCUUACGAUGAGAAAUAAAAUAAUAUCUGUUUAUUUUGAUAUAUUUGCGAAAAGACAAUUUUAUACUUUUCUAAGAAAACAUUGCGACAGAUUAUCUUUUGAAUCUACUUCAAAACCAAGAUAUUAUUCAGAUGUAUCUUUGGAUGUUUUUGACCGAAAUUCUAAACGACUACACAGAAAUUGGUCUGCUUCUCUCCAAGGUAGUCAUAUAUAUGACUAUAUCAAAGAUGAAAUAGGAGACCGAGUUGCUGAUAGAGUAUAUGAUAUAACUAGGAAAUUUUCUCUGGCUGUUGAGCUUGGAUGUGGUAAAGGGCACAUCACUAAACAUUUAACAGCUGAAAAUAUAGAAAUGAUUUAUCAGUGUGAUAUUUCUUCUAAAAUGCUAGAAAAAACUAAAAUUUCAGAAGAUAUUCCUACUUUCAGAAUGGUUGUGGAUGAAGAAUAUUUACCAUUUGCUGACAAUUCCAUUGAUCUUUUCAUCAGUAGCUUAAAUUUUCAUUGGAUUAAUGACCUGCCCAGUGUAUUUGAACAGAUUCAUCGAGCCUUAAAACCAGAUGGUGUUCUCAUUGCAUCAAUGUUUGGUGGAGACUCACUUUUUGAACUGAGAUCAUCCUUCCAGUUAGCUGAGACAGAAAGAGAAGGGGGAUUUUCACCUCAUAUUUCACCAUUUGCAAGAAUACGAGACAUUGGAGAUUUGCUUACAAGAGCUGGUUACACUAUGUUGACAAUAGACACUGACGAAAUCAAAGUGAAUUAUCCAACUAUGUUUGAGCUUCUAGAAGAUUUAAGAGGUAUGGGAGAAACUAAUGUUGCAUGGAAUCGUAAAAUUCGAAUUCAGAAAGACUCCCUACUAGCAGCUUCAGCCAUUUAUACAGAAAUGUAUGGAAAUGAAGAUAAAACCAUACCAGCAACAUUUGAAAUAAUUUAUUUGAUUGGAUGGAAGCCUCAUGAAUCUCAGGCAAAACCAGCAAAAAGAGGAUCAGGCAAGAUAUCUAUGAAAAGUAUAUCCAAUUUAGAAAAAGAUAGAACAGAAAAUACAAAAUGAAAUUAUUUUUAGUAAGAUAGAAAUACCAAUAAAAUUUAGAAUAAAGCUGUUUGUAUGUGUUAUAUUCU